AUGGCAGAUGUCCAACUGGAUGAAAUCUCACCUUUCAAGCCCACAAAGUGGCAAAAUACGAUCAAUAAACUUGUUAAAGCCAUUGUCUCGAUCCGCUUUAGUCAAGUCGCAGCAUUUGAUACUGAAGGCCCUGAGACUUCAGAAGCAUCUGGAUUUAUUGUGGACGCAAAGAACGGUAUCAUUCUCACCAACCGCCACGUUGCGUGUGCAGGCCCAUUUGUAGGAGAGGCCGUGUGUCACGAUCAUGAAGAAGUAGACGUGUAUCCAAUUUACAGAGAUCCUGUUCACGAUUUCGGAUUCCUCAAAUUCGACCCCAGCAAAAUCAAAUACAUGCCAGUAACUCAAGUAGAAUUGAGGCCUGAGCUAGCCAAGGUGGGCCUUGACAUUCGUGUGGUUGGUAACGAUGCAGGUGAAAAGUUGAGUAUCUUGGCAGGCUCCAUAUCUCGUCUCGAUCGCAACACACCCGACUACGGUGACUUGACAUACAACGAUUUCAAUACAUUUUAUUUACAAGCAGCAUCAAGCACAAGUGGCGGUAGUUCUGGAUCUCCAGUAAUUGAUAUCGAGGGAAACGCUGUUGCAUUACAGGCUGGUGGACACACCAAAGCUGCUACCGAUUUCUUUUUGCCUCUUGACAGAAUUAAGCGUGCACUGCAUUAUAUUCGACGUGGUGAACCUGUACCAAGAGGAGAUAUUCAGGUCCAAUUUACCUAUCGUCCUUUUGACGAAGCUCGUAGACUGGGAUUGAGACCAGAAACGGAAGAAAAGUUGAGAGGAAUCUUCAAAGACGAAAUUGGUAUGUUGGUGGUAGAAACAGUGCUUCCCGAAGGCCCCGCUCAUAAGAAAAUGGAGGAGGGUGACAUUUUGCUGACAAUAAAUGGCGAGUACAUCACCAAAUUCGUACCUUUUGAGGAGAUGAUGGAUUCAAAUGUGGGAAAGACUAUCCGUAUUGGCAUCGAGAGAGGUGGUGAACCCAUGGAACUUGAUAUUUGUGUAGGAAAUCUUCAUGCAAUCACUCCAGAUCGUUAUGUUGAAAUUGGUGGAUCAAAGUUGAAUGAGGUUUCUUACCAACUUGCUCGUACUUACUGUGUACCUUGCAGAGGAGUCUAUGUCGCCGAACCUUCUGGCAUGUUCCGAUUGGAUGGUCCUGACAAUGGUUGGAUUAUCAAGUCUGUUGAUGACAAACCAACUCCUGACCUGAACACCUUUAUCGAGGUCAUGAAGUCUCUGCCCGACCGUGAAAGAGUCCCUGUAGUGUACUACUCUAUUGCAGAUGCCCAUACAAUCCUUGUUGCUGUUGUGCAAGUAGAACGUCACUGGUCUAGCUUCAGAUUAGCUGUACGCAAUGACAAGACCGGAUUGUGGGAUUUCACUGACAUGGGAGAACCUAUUUCUCCUCGCGCUAUCAAACCUUCCACAAAACGUUUCAUUGAACUUGACGAUAGUCUCGGCCCUGCCAAGGAUCUGAUCCGUUGUCUGGUCAAGGUUAACUUUUAUAUGCCCUGUCGUCUUGAUGGGUUUCCUCGUAGUCGUAAGAUAGGUGCAGGCAUUAUCGUAGACAAGGAGAGAGGUUUUGUUAUUGUUAGUCGCAGCAUUGUACCAUUCUCAAUGGGCGACUUGACAUUAACCGUCGCAGAUUCUACUGUUAUUCCUGCAAAGGUCAUCUACCUCCACCCAACUCACAAUUUCACAGUUGUUCAGUAUGAUCCUAAACAUAUUGGUGACACCGACGUUAUGAGUGCUCCUUUUAGCACCGAAACCUUGCUUCAGGGACACAAGGUUACUUUGGUAGCUCACAACCACAAUCAACGCCCUGUUUGUUUGACAACAGUUGUUACUGAUGUUACAUGUGUCACAAUCCCUCACAAUGGAACCCCUCGUUUUAGAAGUAUUAAUUUGGAUGCCAUUACUCUCGACACACCUCUUGCUGUUCAAUGCUCUUCUGGACUUUUGGCAGAUUCCAAUGGUCUUGUACAAGGUCUCUGGAUGAGUUUCUUGGGAGAACGCAACCCGAAUGGCCAUGACAACGAGUACCAUUUGGGUAUCCACAUCUCAACCAUCAAACCUGUUCUUGAUCGCCUUCAAAAGGGUGUUCCUGUCAACCUUCGUAGCAUCAAUGCCGAGCUGACGACUGUCCAGAUGGCCCAGGCUGGUGCCAUGGGACUUUCGAAUGAGUGGGUUCGCAAGAUUGAGGAAGCCAAUCCUGCCAAACACCAGCUGUUUAUGAUUAAACGUACCGAGGCAGGCAGUGAGAGCGCUCAGGUACUGAAGGAGCUGGAUCUCAUCUUGGCUGUCAAUGGCAAGGUCGUGACACGAAUGUAUGAGAUGGAUGUACAGUACGAGGCAGAAGAAUUGUCUCUGACUAUCCUGAGACAAAAGAAGGAAAUCACAGUAAAGGUCAAGACUGAUGUUAUGUCUGGUGAUGGUACCAGCCGUGUUGUGUUCUGGGCAGGUGCUGCACUACAUGAACCUCACAAGGCUGUAUUACAACAGAGCAAGACCCUUCCCUCGCGUAUUUAUAUUUCUGCACGUUCCAAGGGCUCUCCUUCUUAUAUGUAUGGCCUUGUGCCAACCAUGUGGAUUACACACAUCAACUCCAAGCAAGUAGAAACCCUUGAUGACUUUAUUAUGGCUGUCAAGGAUAUUGCUGACAAUACUUAUGUGCGUGUGCGCUGUGUGAGCUUUGAUAAUGUGCCCAUCAUGCUGUCAGUAAAGAUGGUCAACCAUUACUUCCCUUUGGUAGAUAUGGUGAAGGAUCCGAGUGUAGAAUGCGGUUGGUCAAAAAAAGAGGUUGAACUUGCCUAGAAAUAAAUACCACAUUUGUGUAUAAAUUACAUGCCCACGUAUGUGUUACGUAUGUAUAUGUGUAUGUGUAUGUGUAUGUGUAUGUGCGUGUGUUUUGUGUGUUUUGUGUAUUUUGUGGAAUACCUUUUUUUCGAUUAUCUUUAUUUUUUAUAUUACUAUUAUAUUUUUUUAUAAUUUUUCUUCCACUCUUUUUCACUCUCACUCUCUCACAUUUUUUAUAUAAAGACAAUAAACUAAAAUUUGUAUAUUUU